AUGUCUGGUCCUGAUCCAUCAACCUUCCCCAAGAUCACGCCUUUCACAAAGACAUGGCACACGGAACCUUACCCCUUCAUUUCACCAACUCGACCUGGGUUGUCUGCUGCCGGGCGGAACGUUGUUGUGACCGGUGGUGGAACAAGUAUUGGUAAUGCCAUUGCUGUCGCAUUUGCUCAGGCAGGUGCCAAAUCAGUGGCCAUCAUCGGCCGCCGUGUCGAUAAACUAGUCUCCGGGGCCGCCAACAUUUCCGCUGCUAUCAUAAAAGACGCAGAAACACAGGUCCUAUACGAGCAAGCUGACCUUCUGUCCAGCGAAGAGACAACUCGAGCUCUGCAGUCUAUUGCCAAGAAAGUAGGAGGCAAGAUCGAUGUCAUGGUCUCUAACGCCGGAGGCGGAGGAGGUCACGGCCUUAUAAGCACUGCAACAGAUGAUGAGCUCCUCAAUAGCUUUCAGGGCUUUGUUCUCACAGCCAUUCACGCGAUGCAAGCAUUUCUUCCCUUAGCUGGCCCGGACGCGAUUCUGCUAAGCACAAACACAUGCUUCGCUCACUGGCCUGCCAUUCCACCUUUCGGCCCGUAUUCUUUUGCGCGAACUUCCCUACUCAAGUUGACCGAUUACAUCCAAUCAGAGAAUCCAAAUGUCAGAGUCGUGAGCAUCCAACCGGGAUGGGUUGCGAGCGCGGCAAAUGGGUUUCAAAAGGAAGCGACAGAUGUCGCGGAGCUUCCUGGACAGUUCUACGUGUGGCUUGCGUCACCGGAAGCUGAAUUUCUGAAGGGCAAAUUUGUCUGGGCCAACUGGGAUGCACAAGAACUUAUGGAAAAGGCGGAACAAAUCAAGAAUUCUAAGUUGCUAACCACACUUCUCAGUGGUGCAGAUGAAUAG